AUGAAAACAUCGUUCACUUCCCUCCUGGCGCUGGCUGCCGUGGCCACAGCCCUCCCGUCAUCAGAGUCAUCUCAUGCCAAGCGCGCCUGUUCUUCAGCGGUGAGCCUGGAUGCCAGCACAAAUGUGUUUAAGUCUUAUACGCUCCACCCCAACUCCUUCUACCGAGCAGAGGUAGAAGCUGCCGCUGCUCAGAUCAGCGACAGCACCUUGGCUGCCAAGGCAAAGAAGGUCGCUGAUGUUGGUUCCUUCCUGUGGCUCGAUACCAUUGCAAACAUCGAUAAACUGAAGAAAGAAGUGGCCGCCGGUGUGCCUUGCAACAACAUCCUUGGUCUCGUGAUCUACGAUCUUCCUGGUCGCGACUGUGCUGCUAAGGCAUCCAACGGCGAGCUUGCUGUUGGUGAACUCAACAAAUACAAGACGCAGUACAUCGACCCUAUUGUGAGCAUCAUCAAGGCCAACCCCAACACGGCCUUUGCCCUGAUUAUUGAGCCCGAUUCACUCCCCAAUCUGGUUACCAAUGCCAACGUCGCCGCUUGUCAAGCAUCUGCUUCUGGAUACAGGGAGGGUGUUGCGUACGCCCUGAAGUCGCUCAACCUGAAGAACGUCGUCAUGUACAUCGACGCUGGCCACGGUGGCUGGCUAGGCUGGAACGACAACCUGAAGCCCGGCGCUCAGGAGCUCGCCAACGCCUACAAGAACGCCGGGUCGCCCAGCCAAUUCCGCGGUAUCUCUACCAACAUUGCUGGCUGGAACUCUUGGGAUGCUGAGCCUGGUGAGUUUGCGAGCGACCCGGAUGCCCAGUACAACGCCGCCCAGAACGAGAAGAAGUAUGUGACUCUGUUCGGUGCUGCCCUUGCGUCUGCUGGCAUGCCAAACCACGCCAUCGUCGAUACUGGCCGUAACGGGGUCAUCGGUCUCCGUGAGGAGUGGGGUCACUGGUGCAACGUGAACGGUGCCGGAUUCGGCGUGCGACCGACCUCCAACACCGGCCUCGAGCUCGCCGACGCCUUCGUGUGGGGUAAGCCCGGUGGCGAGUCCGACGGAACCAGCGACACCUCCGCCACCCGCUACGAUUCGUUCUGCGGCAUGUCCGAUGCCUACAAGCCCUCACCUGAGGCUGGUAGCUGGAACCAGGACUACUUCGUCAAGCUUCUCCAGAACGCUAAGCCUUCCUUUUAG